CCCACCAGCAUGUUCAGCAGUUCCCCCAGACCCCCGGUCGCGUCCCCCGCGUCGCGCUACACGUCUCCUGCCCUCUCCUCCCGCUACUCCACCCCUGCAAUUGCGUCGCGCUACACUUCGCCCAACACACCUUCCACUCCUUCAUCAUACGCGCCGGCUACCCCAGACAACUAUCGCUUGAAGCGCCUCAGCUUCUCUCCCGAACUGCUCAAGUCUGAUUCCUCCCGCAACUGGCGCUCUCGUGCAUCCCGAAAUGGAAUCCGCGUCGAAGAGGAUGAAGACGUCGAUAGCGAUGUCGACGCGUCGUUCGAUGGCCCGUUGCUUCCCCCGUUCUUGACUGCCCCGCGUCGUCGCGCGCUAUCGUACGCGUCAGAAAACCUGCCUCAAACUCCACCUCGCAACCCGCAGCUUGCGGCGCAUUUACGCUUCAAAGGAAGCGUCACUGCGCCUGCCCAUGAAAGACGUGCAUUUGGUCUGAAAUCUAAUCUCCCCGACGUAGACGAAAUGCAUGAGGGCUUCCACUGCGAAUCCAUCUACGAUGACGAAGAACAGGAUCCUGAGCCGCCCCGGUCGUAUACCCAUUGUUCCUCGUGUGCUGUCGCCUCCAAACAGCUCGCGUUGCUGACUCCAUGCAGUCAUGCACUGUGUCCUGCUUGUCUCACCUCCGCUCUGAACAUCGUCGAUCAGCUGUCGAUGUGCUGUGUUGUUUGUAGAGCGACUGUCGUGACAUUUGGUCUCGUCCGCCCUCCCUCUGCUCCAGAACUCGAAGACAGCUUCCUGCGCCCCUUCUCUCCUCCCUCCACUCCAUGUGCAGCCGAAGAUCCCGUCGUGCUUCGUAUCGAUAAUGUCCCUUGGGAUAUUACUCCUCCCGCCAUUCUCGAAUUCCUUGGCAUGUCUCGGGAAAACGGCGCGCGCGCAUAUGUCCUCCUGGAUCGUUUGGGAAAGACACUUUCGCACGCAUUUGUUGAGCUUCCGAACGAGAUGGUUGCUCGUUCCGUGCUCCGAGGGGAAAAUCGUGCCGCCCCAGUGCUUGGCUCUGGUCGCCGGGCUCGAGCGGUGACCCUCACGCGCUCUUCCCAAUCAGCGCUCAUGACAUCUAUAUUUCCAUCUUGGGCUGGAGCUUUCGAUGGACCGGCACCCUCAUUGGCUGGUGUCGCUGGCUCGUCCGUACCUGACGCUCUGGAAGGAGGACUCAUGCGCGAGACCGAACUCACCGACCUCUUGUGGCUUAUGAGGAGCCAGGAUGCGCGCUUCGUGAAGGUGCCUGCCCUUCCCUUCUACGCUUUGAUUGGUAUCUUGGCCAAGUUCCCUACCGACCGAGACAGCCGCGUGUUUUGGACCGUUGCGCUGCGUGAUUUGCUCUAUGACGUGACAUUUGCUGCCAUCCAAACGCUCCGAGGACGUCCACCCAGCCAAGAGAACACGGAUGUGAUCAAGGACAUGGUAGAUACCGCCCUGAGAUGCCAUGCCUUCACUGAACAACAAUUGCGGGGCAUUUCGGAAUUCGAAUUCCAAGGAUAUUCUUGCCCGAUUGCCGACGAAGUUGAAGAACAAGAUUUCCAUCAGUCUCACUACAACCAAUCCCAAUCCCAAUGUCAGGCAUUCGCGCCCCCUGCUUCGCCAGCCGUUGUUUACGAGCGACUCUCUCUUCCGUCGCCUCCUCCCAUGGAAUCAUCACUCACUCCCCGUCUGAAAGAGACAGAUCUGGAUGGCAAGGAUACUGGUACGCGCAUGAGUGAGCUGGCGCGCGAGUUUGGCGUGGAACGCGAACUGGUCGAGGCGCUCGUUUUGCGUCUCGGGAUCAGCACCUAAUUGAAAGCCGCUCAUGACCUGUACAUCACCGACCAAAAGCUCUCGUACUGCUACGUUUCUUGCUCUCCCCGAGGAUCCCAUCACUUCUUCACAUUCAUGUUUCCAUCGUCUUCCACAAACACAUCGGAUUGCUACUGUCUCAGAGAUGCACGCUCGCGUUUGAGCACUUUAUGCGGUUUAUAAUUCAAAGAUUCUGUAUAGAUAAUGAGGUUUAUGAAGUUUAUGCAAAUAUUACUUGGCAGGCAAGCGGCAGUCUUCUGUAUGAA